UCCUUGUUUGGGAGGCUGGUGGGAGGAGAAGAGCUGAAGGGGCUAUAUAACCCUGGUGCAUCUGGAUACAGUGCACCAUCCUAGAGCUGCUACCCCAGCCAAGCACUGUCAGGGGCUGUUUUCUGCUUGGAGCACCUGCAGACACUGACAUAGAAGAUGUGUGAGGAGGAAGACAGCACUGCCCUUGUCUGUGAUAAUGGGUCAGGGCUUUGUAAGGCCGGCUUCGCUGGGGAUGAUGCUCCAAGAGCAGUUUUCCCCUCCAUCGUGGGUCGUCCCAGGCACCAGGGUGUGAUGGUUGGUAUGGGUCAAAAAGACAGCUAUGUAGGUGAUGAAGCUCAAAGCAAGAGAGGAAUCCUGACCUUGAAAUACCCCAUAGAACAUGGCAUCAUUACCAACUGGGAUGACAUGGAGAAGAUCUGGCAUCACUCCUUCUAUAAUGAGCUCCGUGUUGCACCUGAGGAGCACCCAACUCUGCUGACUGAAGCACCACUGAAUCCCAAAGCCAAUCGAGAGAAAAUGACCCAGAUUAUGUUUGAGACUUUCAAUGUCCCAGCCAUGUAUGUAGCUAUUCAAGCUGUUCUGUCCCUGUAUGCUUCUGGACGUACCACAGGGAUUGUGCUGGACUCUGGGGAUGGUGUCACCCACAACGUGCCCAUCUAUGAAGGCUAUGCCCUGCCCCAUGCCAUCAUGCGUCUGGAUCUGGCUGGCCGUGACCUGACAGACUACCUCAUGAAGAUCCUGACAGAACGUGGCUACUCCUUUGUGACCACUGCGGAGCGUGAAAUUGUCCGUGAUAUCAAGGAGAAACUGUGUUAUGUGGCCCUGGACUUUGAAAAUGAGAUGGCCACUGCUGCCUCUUCCUCCUCUCUGGAAAAAAGCUAUGAGCUUCCUGAUGGCCAGGUCAUCACCAUUGGAAAUGAACGUUUCCGCUGCCCAGAGACUCUCUUCCAGCCAUCUUUCAUCGGGAUGGAAUCUGCUGGCAUUCAUGAAACCACUUACAACAGCAUCAUGAAGUGUGACAUAGACAUCAGAAAGGAUCUCUAUGCCAACAAUGUGCUUUCUGGUGGCACUACAAUGUACCCGGGCAUUGCAGACAGGAUGCAAAAGGAAAUAACUGCUCUAGCUCCCAGCACCAUGAAGAUCAAGAUCAUUGCUCCUCCUGAACGUAAGUACUCCGUCUGGAUUGGAGGCUCUAUUCUCGCCUCCCUCUCUACCUUCCAGCAGAUGUGGAUCAGCAAACAGGAAUAUGAUGAAGCUGGACCAUCCAUUGUUCACCGCAAAUGCUUUUAAAUCGCUUUAUCCUUGUAUUCUUUUUAGAUAUUACUGUGAAUGUAUUCAGGAAAAUACAUUCUUAAAUUUCAUUCCAUAAAUCUUUCAUCGUAAUGGCUGGUUAAUUGGAUAUGGUGUAUUUUUUGGAAUAAAUUUUAAAUAUCCAAAUGAAAUUGCUGCUCCUAUUUUAGAGAUGCAGUUGCGGAGUUGCCAUUACAGCUGGUGUGAAGCUCCAUCUUGUGGCGUAAAGUUGUUACUGAGCUGUGGGCUUAGAAGUGGUACCUGUUGCCCAAUGGUAUCAACACCAGAAAACACUCAGCUCCCAGCCUGUACGGUGCCAGUGUUCAGCCUUGGUAUGCAUUUCAGUCUGCAAGCAGAACUAGUCAUGGUGUUCCCAAAGUUCUGGGCAUCACCAGAGGGGAACAGCAUCUGCUUGAUACCAGGAGGAGCACGUGUGCUCUGCUUUGCAACUGCUCUGCAGAAAUAUUAUCUGUCCACAUCACUUAGCACUUCACAGCUACUGUGCUGAAAAAGGCACUUCUUAUAUUCUGUGGCCCAGAAGUGUAUGAUGCUUGACAUAUCUUUUCAAUGAUCAUUUUAUUUUGUUUUAUUUUUAAUGGAAAUUAAACCUUCUGGGAGCUUAUCUAUGUUCUGAUAUUAGCUUGAAUAGGUGACUUUGCUAUUAUAUGUCCUCAGAAUGAGUGUAGCUUACAUUGUUGUGAUUUUCAGCAGAGUCUAAAGGGUAAUUAAGCUGGCUUAAUACAAUUGCUCUUCAGAAGUUUGUUUGUUUGUUUUUCUGGAGGGGAGGAUGUAAUGUAAUCAGAGCAGAUAAAAUGGUUUUAGACAAUGUUCUUUUUCUAUGUCUUUUCUGAUUCCACUUAUUGUCUUAAAUACAUUGAGACUGAUUUUAAGAGAAGCAUACGCAUAAAUGUUGAAGCCAAUACUGCUGUUUUAGAAGUAUAUAUAAAUAAAUAAAUAUAUGUUUAUGACCAAAGAAUUAAUUGAGACAGACCUGAAAAAGGUCAGUUCUAAGGACCUUGCUGCAAUCCAUAUUCAUUAGAGUUCAGGAUAAAGGAUACUAUUUAUUAUUGUUACUUAUUUUUCUGCCUUAAACUCAACUGUUUACUUACCUCACCUACCUGUUACUCCUUACUUUUCAACCUGCAAGCUUUUUGCAGCUACACCUGUUAUUUACCACAGCUGCACAACUGCUGGGUUGCAGAUCUUGUCCAUCUUCAGAUUCAGUGCAUAUUCCAUACUCUUUUUUACUAACCUUGUUAUUUAAAGUCUAGAUCAUCUAGGUUCUUGGAACAGAUACUAAAUAAACUCUUAUAAGAGCAAA